UCCCACGCCGCCGUGCCGCUGUCCCUUCGCCGGAAUCUCUCAUCAUCUUCGAAGUUCGCGUCCUCAUCACCGUCUUCGCAUAUCGACGUGGAAUACGAGUGACCUCCGGGACUGUGCCUUUUGAUCUUGGUUUCGUAGGUAUUUUUUCUUGUGCAGGUUCUGGUCACAAUGUUGAUGUUCCGGGUUAAAAGGGAUGUUGCAAAAAGGGCAUUGAACACCAUGUGUUCUUCAAACUAUUUGAGAAGAAGGAACUUCUGUGACACUGCAGCUGUUGGAGUCUCCUCCAGUAUUGAGCGUGGCACGGAUUAUGCAGAGAAGGUUGGUAUGACAAAUAAGGUUAACCAACAUGAUAUUGCAAUUGUUGGUGGAGGCAUGGUCGGCCUGGCUUUUGCUUGUGCAUUGUCAAGUAUGCCUUUGACAAAACAAUUAUCAAUAGCUAUUAUUGAUAGCAAUCCUGCUUUAAGCUCAAGACAAUGCUUUAAUAAGAAUGCUAUCCCUGAUUCAAGAGUUAGCACAGUGACUCCUUCAACAAUAUCAUUUUUCAAAGAGGUUGGUGCUUGGGAGCAUGUUGAGCAACAGCGACAUGCAUUUUUUAAUCAAAUGCAGGUAUGGGAUCAUACUGGUCUAGGAUACACUAGAUAUAAUGCCAGAGAUGUAGGGAAAGAUUGUCUCGGAUGUGUGGUGGAGAAUAAGGUGCUUGCGAAUUCACUAUUGUUGCGCUUACAGAAUGCAGAUUUCCAGAAGACUAUUUACUCUGCCAGAUUGACCCAAUGGCCUUCCCGUCACAAAGUUUCGUCUGCAAGAAAUGCUGCUGGACAAGAACAUGGCAAGGACAAUAUAUCAGGGGCAUCACUUACAAAAGAAAAAGAAGUUAAGAAAUGUAAUAACCGGUUUGUGAAGCUGGACUUGAGUGAUUCAAAGACCAUACAUGCAAAAUUAGUGGUUGGAGCUGAUGGUGCUAAGUCACAUGUCAGGGAGAUUGCAGGAUUGAAGACGACUGGAUGGAAAUACCCACAAAGUGCAAUAAUCUGUACAGUUGAGCAUGCCAUGGAAAACCACUGUGCAUGGCAGAGAUUCCUGCCGUCUGGGCCUAUUGCACUCCUGCCAAUCGGCGACAACUUUAGCAACAUUGUGUGGACAAUGAGACCAGAAGAGUCAGCAGAACAUAAAUCAAUGAGCUCUGAUGAUUUUGUGAAGGCCGUCAACCAUGCUUUGGAUUAUGGCCAUGGUCGUCAUCCCCAAUCAAAUUUUCUUGAUGGUUACAUCGACAAGUUUUCUUCCUUGACAGGACUAGGAGCAGAAUCUGUGAAAGAACCAUUUCAAGUACCGCCGAGAAUCACUAACGUUGUCUCUGAAAGAAUGGCAUUUCCAUUAUCACUCAUGCAUGCUCAUGAUUAUGCAUCAAAAAGAGUUGUGCUUGUUGGUGAUGCUGCACACACUGUCCAUCCUCUUGCCGGACAAGGUGUUAAUUUAGGAUUUGGAGAUGCAUCUACACUUGCCAAGAUCAUUGCUGAAGGCCUCUCAGUUGGGACCGACAUAGGGGAGCUCUCAUUAUUGAAGAAGUACGAGAGGGACAGGAAGGCAGCUAAUGUUACCAUGAUGGCAAUCCUUGACGGUUUUCAGAAGGCUUUCUCAGUCGAUCUCGGACCGAUCAAUGUCUUAAGAGCCGCUGCUUUCCAUGGAGCUCAGUAUAUUACACCGCUCAAACGGAAUAUUAUCUCGUAUGCAAUGGGUGAGCAGAAAUGGCCGCUUUUCGCAUGAAAUCAUCCUGAUAUGAAAAAUCUGGCAGUGAUUGAAUGUUAAACUUUCUUAGCCGUUGGUUACUUUAUGAGAAAAAGUUUAGAUGUUUAUGGCACUUACUCAAAGUAGGCAGUUUAGUUUGAAAUACGGUAAUUUGUACUUUUUUUAGGCAGGUUCUAAGACUGUUUUCCGGUUUCGGUUUAUAUGAUGUUAAUCCUUCUGUUUCUUGAUAACCACAGACUUUAAACCAGUCGUGGUGUGAUGUUGUAAAAAGGUUUUUUCCGUUAUAUAUAUUUUUUAGCA